CUGGCCCAAAUUUCUCGGUUCAGUCUAUUCAUAACGUUUGGAAGAGCUAAAUGAAAGUCUGAGACGUAAAGAAACCCACUUGUCAUCUUAAGUUUAUCUUGUCAAGGCAGAGAGAGAGCGUUAGAAGGGUGAAGGAAAGAGGAAAGUCAGUUUGGCAUUAUCAGGGGGAGCGCUGCUUCAGAAUCAAAGUUGCAGGUACUUUUAAAGAGUGUCAGGUUCCAGGACUGUAACUCAGCCGCGCACCAGAGAAAAUAAUAGUGGGACACACUCAACGGAACGACCAGAACGCACGAUGGAUCGCAAAAUCCCCGAUUUUGCUGGUACUUGGAAGAUGAAAAGCUCCGAGAACUUCGAAGAGCUUCUCAAAGCACUGGGUGUGAACGUGAUGAUGCGUAAGAUUGCGGUCACAGCCGCAUCAAAGCCAUCCGUGGAGAUUACGCAGGAUGGAGAAACCCUGUCAAUCAAGACCUCCACCUCUGUAAGGACCACCCAUGUUACCUUCACAGUUGGACAGGAGUUUAAUGAGGCCACAGUGGAUGGACGUCCCUGCACGAGCUUUCCUCGCUGGGAAACAGACAGCAAGAUAAGUUGCGAACAGACUUUGCAGAAGGGUGAGGGUCCAAAAACCUCAUGGACCAGGGAGAUAACCAAUGACGGCGAACUGAUUCUGACCAUGAGUGCAGACGAUGUGGUGUGCACAAGAGUUUAUGUCAGAGAGUGAAAGUAUGAGGAAACAGGAAGAAAAUCCAUCCAGAUUGCUCUCUUUCCUUGUUAACCACAAUGACUGUGAUUUUAUAUCAUCUAUUUCCUUUCUCCCUCAUCUAUUUUUUUAAUUUUUUUGUUGACAGUGUAUUUGAAUAAUUCAUCAGAGAGCCAUGCAAAUAAUUCAUGUGAGGUUCCAGCGUUUUGUCAAAAUUGGGUCCUGAUUUGUCAUUUAACAAAUACAUCAUUUUGGACUCAAAAGCACUUUUAAGGGUUGGUCUUCACAUAGAUGAAGACCUGGAAAUCUGAAUCUUGGAAACCAGACAUUGGUGAGACAGUUCAUAAUCACCACUAAAAAAUAUAAGUAAUGGUGUGGUCACAUUUGCUAUUGUAAAUUUUGAUAGGUGAAAUAUAGUAAUAUCGAUAGUUAUCGCCAUUAAUGGGGAUUUAAUGUAAGGGUGACAGAUUUCCACGUACAGAUUUCAGAACAGGUGAAAUGAUUUCUGUGUAAGCUGUGCUUCAUACAUCACUACUCUAAUGAAAAUAGACAAUUUACAUUUUCUGCCUGUAAAAUUCCACUUAUGCGACCGUAACUUAAAGGGGUAGUUCCCUUAAAAAUGAAAAUUCUGUCAUUAUUUACCCUCAUAUCGAUCCAAACCUGUAAGACUCUCAUUCAAAUUUCAUAUUUUUGAUGAAAUCCAAGAGCUUUCUGACCCUGCAUAGACAGCAACAGUAACCACAUUUAAGGUCCAGAAAGAUAGUAAGGACAUCAUUAAAAUAGUCCAUGUGACAUCAGUGCUUCAACUGUAAUGUUAUGAAGCUGUGAGAAUAGUUUUUUACGCAAAGAAAUAAAAAACAACAACUUUAUUCAUCACAUGACAUUAUUCAAUCGCAUUAGGGUGAGUAAUUAAUGACAGAAUUAAUUUUUUGGGUGAGCUAUCCCUACUAUUAAGAAUGUAAGCCUAUGUACAAUAUGCUGCCAGAAAAUGUUAUGUUUGUAGUUUACUCCGUCCUUUUUUUAAUCUUCUCAGUUGACCCUUUGCUAAGCACCGCUAUAAAUUGUAACUGACCAAUCCUAUCAGAUCACACAUUCUACCCCACCUAAAAAGCCUCUACAUUAAUUUAAAUAACUGUAAGACCAGAGGUAUGUUAAAACGUGGAUAUUGUCAAUUGCGCUCGUUCCUGUAGCGUGUCCUCAAUCUGACAACACGUGAGGCAGGAAAAACAAUAUUUUGAAUUUGGACUGCAGUACCCAUUUCAACCACUAGCUAGUCAAUAUUACAGUACAUUGUACCUUUAAAUUCAAAUGUAUAUUUAUAUAUUACAGUCAGUUUUACUGUAUUCAGUUGAUUGUGAGAUCAAAAUCUCCAAUUCAUUCCAAUGUGAGGCUCUGUAUUGUCUGAUGUAGCAACAGUUCCAAGGGGGCGGAGCUAAGCAAAGGUUCAGUAGUAAUUAGAACCCCAUGAAGCUCCAGUCCCAGCCAUCUCUAUUCAUCUUUAAUUUUCUGUAUAUAUUUUAAUAAAACCUGAAUCUGAAGUUUCUUUUCAUUAUGUUUUUUAUACAAACAAUUUCAGCAGUCAUUACUUAUUUCUUUUCAUGGACAAUAAAGGUUACUGCCAAGA